UACUCACCUCAUCCCAUCUUUCUAUGUAUAUAUUCCAACUUCUCAGGUCCGCUUUAUACCCUCUUGCUUUUGAUUAUAAUAUCUUAGUAUUAUACUCCAUUUUUUAUCAUAUCAAGAAUCGCUUUGUUCCCUCCUUCUUCUCUGUUUGUUCCCUUUCCCUUUCUUCCUCUGCAUCUACAACUACAUAAACUGCACCAUAUUACACAGAUCUGUCACUUACCAAAUGAUGUCACUUGAAUGCUGAGUCACAUUUUCUGAGUUGGGGUUUGGUCUUUUUUCUUGAAAAUAUACGAUGGGUGUUGAAUAUCAUGAGGAAUAUAUAAGGAAUUCAAGAGGUGUUCAGCUUUUUACUUGUAGAUGGUUGCCCUUUUCUUCUCCAAAGGCCCUUGUUUUCCUUUGCCAUGGCUAUGGCAUGGAGUGCAGUGGAUUCAUGAGAGGCGUUGGGACAAAGCUCGCGAAUCAUGGAUACGCGGUGUUUGGAAUAGACUAUGAAGGCCAUGGACGGUCAAUGGGUUCCCGCUGUUAUAUCAAAAGGUUUGACAACAUUGUCAAUGACUGCAGUGACUUUUUCAAGUCCGUUUGCGCGCGGGAGGAGUACAGAGAGAAAACAAGGUUUUUGUAUGGGGAGUCGAUGGGAGGGGCCGUGGCUCUUUUAAUACACAAGAAGGAUCCUUCCUUUUGGCAUGGUGCUCUUCUGGUUGCACCUAUGUGUAAGAUAUCUGAGAAGGUAAAGCCACAUCCAGUGGUUAUAAGCUUACUAACUAAAGUGGAGGAUGUCAUACCAAGAUGGAAGAUAGUCCCUACAAAGGAUGUCAUCGAUUCAGCCUUCAAGGACCCUGUUAGAAGGGAAGAGGUACGCGGAAACAAGUUAAUAUAUCAGGAAAAGCCAAGACUAAAGACAGCUUUGGAAAUGCUAAGAACUAGCAUGCACCUCGAAGAAAGUUUGCACGAGGUCACUCUACCAUUUUUAGUGUUACAUGGGGAAGCAGACAUAGUAACUGAUCCAGAAGUAAGUAAAGCUUUGUAUGAGCAAGCCAGUAGUAAGGACAAGACCAUAAAACUCUAUCCAGGAAUGUGGCACGGUUUGACAUAUGGUGAGCCUGAAGACAACAUUGAUAUCGUAUUUUCAGAUAUCAUCUCGUGGCUUGACAAGCGAAAUGGAGAGAAUAAUGAUAAUGCUACUUUGGUUGAGAAAUCAGUUUGUCGAGCUACACCUACUCCAUAUGAGACGAACACAAAAGCGUCACCUACAAUAACGAAUGGACAAAAACCACAGAGAACACGUCCACAAGCGAAUUAUCUGUGUGGGUGGAAAGGGCGUCGGAUGCAUCAUCACUCUGCAAUGUAGAAGACUUGGUUGAUAGAUAAGGGUUGGAUCUCCUUCAUGUGUUCGUAACAUUAAUGUUACUACUCCAUUAUUUAUGGGGGAAAAUGGAAAAUAACAGGUUUUCCAGAAAUUGUAAUUAAGAUGCAAAAUCUUGAGUUAUUCUUGAUCUCCUAAUGUUUCAACGAACUUGCUCAAUGAAGGUUAUACUUGGUACUCUUAUUCCUUUUCUGUAUCUUCCUUUCCCUUUCGUUUACAAAGAGUUAGCUUUAGCCUACUGCAAUUUAAGGAAGUUUUACACUAUCA